AUGGCACAGAUCGACUCGGACGAUGAUUUCGACCUGGAUGACUACGAGAUGGUCAAGUCCGAGGACGAGGACGAGGCGUCGGCUCCGAUCGACGACACUCCCGCCUCGACUCCCCCCUCCUCCACCCUCCCACCUUGUCGACGGAAGACGCUGAAGUGUCACUGGGACAACUGCGACAAGACCUUCAAUCGCCAGGCCAGGCUCGCCGAGCACAUCAGGUCUCACACCAACACCCGUCCUUUCACCUGCCCGCAUUCUCCCUGCACCAAAGCGUUUCUCCGUGCCAGCCAUUUGAAACACCACGUUAAGAGCGCACAUACUGAUGUGAGGGAUUACAAAUGCACGUGGGCCGGCUGUGAUGCAAGUUUCGCUACGGGCACGAGACUGCGACGCCAUGUCCAAGCACACGAGAUCAAGGAGAAAUUCAGGUGUCAUGGCUACCCCGGCUGUGAGCAGACUUUCCGCAAACAAGAAACCCUGGACCGCCAUAUCUUGUCGGUACACCGCAACAUCAAACCCUUCCCUUGCACAGAAUUGGAUUCUGUCACUGGCCUUCCAUGUACAAAAGCUUACGACACUGCCGAGAACUUGCGUACCCAUCAACGAGCCAAGCAUGAUCCCACCCGAUUCUCUUGCUCGGACUGCAUGGCACGAAACGCAGCGGCACUUGCGAACCCAACAGAGGGCGGCUCAGAUGAUUUGGUCAAGGCGUCCUUUGCAACUUACGGUGAGCUCCAAGCUCACAUCGCCGAGGAACACCCACCCAUGUGCUCAUUCUGUCCAACCUCUUUUAUCACCAACAAAGAGUUGACUCGACAUCUGGAACUUCAGCAUGGCGUUCUCUCCAACAGAGCAUCCGAGACUACGUCUAACUUUCCCUGCACUUAUCCCAAUUGCAGCAAGAAAUUCUCCAAAAAGGGCAAUCUAAAUGUGCACAUAAAGACAGUCCACGAAAACCAGCGUGACUUUAUUUGCGGCCAAACCGAAAUCACUCUGCCAGAGGAGCUCACCAGCCAGCAGGAAGUGGUUGUUUAUGGUUGCAACCGCAGCUUUACGAGCAAAGCAAGCCUGGAGGAGCAUGUCCGCACUGCACAUCUUGGACUAGAGUCUAAGCGGUCAAUUCGUGAGAAGAAACGCAAGGCGGAGCAAGACGUCGAUGACUUUGAAGCCGUUGGAUUUCCGUGGCUUGGUCAAGCGUUUAAGAAACGCAAGCCUCGAUCGGACAAGGGAGUCAAGAAAUCGUCGGACAUGGCCCGCCUCACUGGAGUCCCAGCGAAUCACGGUGGGGAUGGAGCCAGCUCCCCCAAGCAAGCAGUAGCGGGAUUAGGGAGCGAACCUGUCACCCAGGUAGACGAGGAGUUGGAUGACAGCCUUCUGUCUGGAUCGAUGACUAUGUGCGGCAGUCAAAUCUUCCACUACGACAGCUGCUACCAUUACCCGUCCGGUGAAUAUCCCACUGUCGAUGGCUCUGCUACGGAGCUAUCCAAACCCCGCGAUGAAGAUGCAGAGGCAGAUUUUCACUUCGACUUUGGCUUGGGUCAAAACACUCCACCCGGCACCAUGGACUAUGAAGUUGACGACAAUUUUUUCGGCCAUUUCGAACAGGAACAUUCGGCUUUCGCCUAUCCACCUCCAUUUGCUCAGUGA